GUUCUUAAUGGUUUAUGCAUAGGUUUUUCCGGAAUCCAGCCGAUUGGCUUUGUGAAGAGUGCUCCGUUCGUUACAGUGGUAGCUCUCCAUCGCGGUCGUUGCUUCCCGAGAUCUCCCUAAUUGUGCCUACAUUACAAUUUUCACACAAACGUUCGUUAACUUUCAAUCAUGAGGGAAUGCAUUUCUGUUCAUGUCGGCCAAGCCGGAGUCCAGAUUGGUAAUGCCUGCUGGGAACUUUACUGCCUCGAGCAUGGCAUCCAGCCGGAUGGACAAAUGCCUUCCGACAAGACUCUUGGAGGAGGUGAUGACAGCUUCAACACCUUCUUCAGUGAAACAGGGGCUGGCAAACACGUUCCAAGAGCUGUCUUCGUUGACUUGGAGCCGUCUGUUGUUGACGAAGUCAGGACCGGGACUUACCGGCAGUUAUUCCAUCCUGAACAGCUGAUAACUGGCAAGGAAGAUGCCGCCAACAACUAUGCCCGUGGACACUACACGAUCGGGAAAGAAAUCGUGGACUUGGUUCUGGAUAGGAUCAGGAAACUGGCUGACCAAUGCACUGGACUUCAAGGAUUUUUGAUUUUUCACUCAUUCGGUGGUGGUACUGGAUCCGGUUUCACCUCGCUGCUCAUGGAACGCCUGUCUGUCGAUUACGGAAAGAAGUCUAAGCUGGAGUUUUCCAUCUAUCCGGCCCCGCAAGUAUCCACAGCCGUGGUGGAACCCUACAAUUCCAUCCUCACUACUCACACUACUCUGGAGCAUUCGGAUUGCGCUUUCAUGGUGGACAACGAGGCCAUUUACGACAUCUGCCGCCGCAAUUUGGACAUAGAACGACCGUCCUACACUAACCUCAACCGCCUGAUCGCUCAAGUUGUGUCAUCCAUCACUGCGUCUUUGCGCUUUGACGGGGCUUUGAACGUGGAUUUGACCGAAUUCCAGACCAACCUGGUUCCGUAUCCACGAAUUCAUUUCCCGUUGGCCACUUACGCCCCGAUCAUCUCGGCUGAAAAGGCCUACCAUGAGCAGCUGUCUGUUUCUGAAAUCACGAAUGCUUGCUUUGAACCGUCCAACCAAAUGGUCAAGUGCGACCCUCGUCAUGCCUAUGGUCUGUUGUUUUCCGCAGGUAAAUACAUGGCUUGUUGCAUGCUGUAUCGCGGCGACGUUGUUCCUAAGGACGUGAACGCCGCCAUUGCCGCCAUCAAGACCAAGCGCACGAUCCAGUUCGUUGACUGGUGCCCCACAGGCUUUAAAGUCGGCAUCAACUACCAGCCGCCCACAGUCGUGCCCGGCGGCGAUUUGGCCAAAGUGCAGCGAGCCGUGUGCAUGUUGUCCAACACUACUGCCAUUGCCGAGGCCUGGGCCAGACUCGAUCACAAGUUUGACCUGAUGUACGCCAAACGUGCCUUUGUUCACUGGUACGUGGGUGAAGGCAUGGAAGAAGGCGAGUUUUCUGAGGCUCGCGAGGAUUUGGCCGCCUUGGAGAAGGACUAUGAAGAGGUGGGGAUUGAUUCGACUGAAGAAGGAGAGGAGGAGAACGAGUACUGA